AUGGCGCUAGAAGCUCUGAAUUCACCUACUACCCCAACGACGUCGUUCCAGUACGACUGGACUAAGGGCAAGAGGACCAAGCGCUCCCGCAACCCCGACCCCUCCGAUGAGGAGUACCUCGCUCUCUGCCUUGUCAUGCUAGCCCGUGGCGGCGGCGCCGCCCCCCUUCCACCGCCGGCCAAGCUUCUCUACAAGUGCUCCGUCUGCGACAAGGUCUUCUCGUCCUACCAGGCGCUGGGGGGCCACAAGGCCAGCCACCGGAAACUCGCCGCCGGGGGUGACCAGCCCGCCGCCUCCGCCACCUCGUCGGCCAGCGGCGGCCGGACCCACGAGUGCUCGAUCUGCCACAUGUGCUUCCCCACGGGGCAGGCCCUCGGUGGCCACAAGCGCCGUCACUACGAGGGUGGGAAGGCCGCCUCGUCGGAGUGCGCGGGGUCCACCGUUGUCAGCCAACGUGGUUUCGACCUGAACUUGCCGCCGCCGCCGGAGUUCUGGUCGGGGUUUGGCGUGGAGGACGAAGUAGAGAGCCCGCACCCGGCUAAGAAGUCGCGCCACGCGCCGCCGCCCAAAUUGGAAAUUUUCUGA